UUUUAACAAUGUUUCGAAAUCGAUGAGUAAUCAUAGGGCAAAUAUGAAUCGGAGAACGAGUCAACGCCCACCAUAGCCCUUCCACUCUCCCCCUCCUCCCCCUCCUUCAUACCUCUAACUUACAUAACGAACCACUAGAACUAUUAGCGAGCCAUCCACCAAUUAUUCUUCAGAUCUGCUACCUACCAGUCUCGCAAACCAUGAUUGAUUAUUCCUUUGUUUCGUUAACAAGCUCAAUUCGAUGCCUGAAAGAGUGAUGGAUAUUCUGCUUUGCUUUGUAUUAUUUUGAAAGGUCUAAGUCUCACUAGCUUUAGGGCUUGGGCUUUCACACAAGUAAAAAUACCUCUUUUCUUCUGUUCCCUCUUUCUUCGGGCUAGGGAUACAGUUUAGAAUGGAAGGGAAUUCGGGUGGUGGUGGGAUAAUUGCGGGAGGGAUAGGGAAUGACGUGGAGCUGCUCUGUAAAACGUUGCAGGUGGAGCACAAGCUGUUCUACUUCGAUCUCAAGGAAAACCCUCGGGGCCGCUAUCUCAAGAUCUCGGAGAAGACGUCGGCCACCAGGUCCACCAUCAUCGUUCCCUUCUCCGGCAUUUCCUGGUUCUUGGAUCUCUUCAAUUACUAUGUCAAUUCAGAUGACCAGGAAGUCUUAAGCAAGGAAUUGCAGCUCGACACCAAGGUGUUUUACUUCGACAUUGGUGAAAAUCGGAGGGGCCGCUUCUUGAAGGUAUCAGAAGCUUCUGUUAGUAGAAAUCGCAGUACAAUCAUUGUUCCAGCAGGAAACACUCGGGAUGAAGGGUGGGCAGCAUUUAGGAAUAUUUUGGCAGAGAUCAAUGAAGCAUCAAGGCUUUUCAUACUGCCCAAUCAGACCAGUUCUGAACCCUCGGAACAUCUUGUUGGGCUUUCAGAUGAUGUAGGCGCUGGCUUCAUUUCUGGCCACAAUAGUCAACCUGCCACGAGUUCUGAAUUGAAUGUGGAUAGGUCUGUUGAAUUGGAGGCACAGGAUGAAAUUGGUAUCAUGGCAGUUUCAAAAGUAAUCAGAGCCGAUCAGAAAAGAUUCUUCUUUGAUCUUGGGAGCAAUAAUAGGGGCCAUUUCCUAAGGAUAUCUGAGGUUGCAGGUUCUGAUCGAUCUUCCAUCAUUCUUCCACUGUCAGGAUUGAAGCAGUUCCAUGAAAUAGUUGGUCACUUUGUGGAGAUAACCAAAGACCGAAUUGAAGGAAUGACAGGCGCAAAUGUGCGGACAGUGGAUCCCCCUCAAAGAUGAAUGCUAGCUUGGGGUUUGGUGAUAAAACAGAAAAGCUCAUUUUGUUGAGGUUUUUUUAGAGCAACAUGUAGGUGUUCGUCAUGGAUCCGAUGAUGCUCUCAGUUGUGAUUGCUAUUCUUCUUUUUGUUCUCUCAUUCAGGUCUGAAAUAAUUCGAUUUCUGUUUGGUCAACAGAAAGUUCGGAGAUGCUUGGCAAACUUACUUUCGAAUUGGGAAUAACAAGAAAAAACAAAAAAGUAGAAACUUGUAAUUGUCAGUUUGACAGUGUGGCACCCACAUUACGUUUGUAAUAAUGCUCGUUCAAGAUGUGUGCUUGUUUUUUUUUGUUUUUUUUUUUUUUUGGGAGGGGGGAGGGUUUACUGUACAAGACUCGAGCUCACUUCUAGCUUCCUAGCUUGUAAUGCAGGCUGACAAUUGCACUUUUGGUUUUAACCAUUGCUAAUUGCAGAUUGCAAGUACGACUGUUCA